AUGGAUAAGAUUAAGGAGAGAAUGAACGCCCUCCGUCAGGAGGCCGAAAUUGCCCAGGAGCAAGUGGAGGAGCUUAAGGCCAAGGUGAAGACCUUGGAGCAGGAGAACCUGUCGAAGGAGCAGGAGAUCACAUCUCUCACCCACCGCAACCAGCUCCUGGAGGGUGAAGUCGAGAAACUCGAGUCCUCCGUCAAGGACCACAAGGAUGCUGCCAACCAGAGUGCUCAGCACGAUACUCAGAACGAGUCUCUUCAGAGACGUGUGCAGCUGUUGGAAGAGGAGGCUGAAGAGGCCGAUCGGAAUUUGCGUGAGACAAACGAAAAGCUCCGCCAAACCGAUGUCAAGGCUGGUCACUAUGAACGCAAGGUGCAGGCUCUCGAGGCGUCCCGUGACCAGUGGGAGAGCAAGUACGAGGACAUGGCAAAGAAGCAUGCCGAGCUAGAGAAGGAUCUCCACGAGCUAGAGGUCUCCAUCAGCAAUGUUUAA